UCAGCUGUACACAACACAAAUAAUGAUUUACAACAACCUGAUACCCUUACCAUCGCAAAAGGACACUCGAUCUCAUUACAUUGUUCCUAUUCUAUGCAUAAUCUAUCAAGAUUUACAGUAAAGUGGUUUUUAUGCAAUGAUAGCCCAUAUUCUUCAACGAUAAUCGCAAACCUAUCUACCGAUAAACCUUGGGUUUCUCAUUCUCGAUAUUGCGUAAGGCAUAAUUCUACAUUGAAGGCAUUCAUCUUAACAAUUAUCGAUGUUCAAGUCAGUGACAAUGGAAUCUACUGCUGUGAGGUGAUUCGGUUGGCACCACCGCCAACUUUAACAGGCAAGGGAAAUGGCACCCUACUGAAUGUAACUGCUUGUCCUUCUUUUUGGCUCAUGGAAUCUUACGACAAGAUUUCUUCUUCACCAUCAAUUAUCAUUACAUGCUUAGCAUAUGGGUUUUAUCCAAAUAUUAUUACAUUUUGGAUACAACCAACCUGUCUCACCUACAGGCUCAUCAGUACAAGCAACCCAACCAAUCCCAAUGGAACCUAUAACUACACUGCAACGUUUAGCAUCUCCACAGAAAAUUGCUCCAACUCCACUGAAUUCACGUGUGUAGUUCAACAUCCAGCAUCACAGACCGAGCUAAAUUUUACUAUCAUCAUAGAUGUUCAUACAGUUGCUCAAGAUCAUAAAUGGAGUACCUGGAUUUCCAUUUUACUUUCCAUAAGUGGAGGAACAGCUUGCCUUUUCCCUCUUGUGCUCUUCCUUAUAAAAUGUGCAUGCAAAAGGAAAGGAAUGCAAGAGCAAACAAGAAUUCAAAGUAAUCGAACUUUGAACCUUGAAUGGAAUAACAUGAAUGAAACCAAUGAGGAAGAGAUCUGCUAUGCCAAACUGCAAUGGGCAAUGACACGGAGAGCUAGAAAGGAGGAGGAGGAGGAGGAGACUGUGUACAGCCCAGUUCUUCAGUGAAAGACUAAUGGAGAGGGCAGCUGCAAAUAAUGAAACAGUUCAAUACAAAUAAACCU